GUGGGAAAAUCAACCACGAACACACGAACAGUCCCAAUCCGGCCGAUACCACUAGAUGAUGCGUUGCACUUGUUGGCUGCCAGCUUUCUUCGAGGUGGUAUAGGAGGAUUCCUAAAAGGCAGCUCCAGUUACAGCUCAGCAACAGCUGGAGGCCAGAAAGAUGUACGAGCUGGAAUUGCUAUGGGCUAUGUCGAACUCAUGCGAGAAAUGGGUGCAACGUGGUUGGAACGGAAUUUGGCACCUAUCUGCCGCCAUCUGUUGGAAGUCGCCGCAAAGUGUGGCAUUCUCGCAUAUACAAACUCUCCCGUGCAAGCGGCUGAAGCAAUAUUCCUUCGUCGAUGUGUUUCGUAUAUUCUGCGAGCGACAGUGGGCACAAUGCUGAGUGAACAGGCCCAAAUCACAGCAUGCAAAUAUCUCGGACAACUUUUGGCCGACUACAUCAACUCAUUCGAUUACUCGGUGGAACCAACUGUGGAGCGAAUACUCGGCGCUGAGGCCUACGCCAGUGCUCAAGCGGCAGUUGUAGCCACGCUCGAACUGUCAAACCUUGUACGACAGAUUGGAACUGCUGUGACACCGCUGUUUGUUGAAGCCUCAGGGAUCAUGGAGCCGGUAUUCGCAUGCCUUCUCCAUCCGAUUUUGUCAGCUCGCACAGCUACGGCAUGGUGUCUGCGAUGUGUUACGAUGGCAGUACCCAGCCAGCUCACUCCACUGAUUGAUCGAUGCAUUAGCAGGCUGGAGCACAUGAAAUCAUGCAGCGAUGCCAUUAGUGGAUACUCGCUGGCCUUGGCUGCUCUCAUUGCGGCUGCAUCGGACUGUAAACUUGGAAUUCCGCAUGCGAAGCCGAAACAGGUGUUGACUUGUGCUGAGGAUAUGCUGAAAACUGCAACUCAACAAAGUCGUCUUGCCGUGGCUAAAAUUAGUGCUGGCUAUAUUCUUCUGAAUGCUGUUGUCUCGAUGGGGUCCCCUAUUGUGAAGGAAAACAUGCCUCGAAUCAUCCAGCUUUGGCGUACUGCUUUCCCAAGAAGCACCAAGGAAGCUGAAGCUGAAAAAGGAAGAGGGGAUGCCUUCUCCUGGCAGUGUGCCCUGGAGCAGCGAGCUGGUGCGUUGGGAGUCAUGCUAGCGGUGGCCAAUCAGCGAGAACUAGCUGAUGAUGAUGCGAUCAAAGCGAUGCUUCUUCCAGUGGAAUGCGCCCUCGUGAUGAGUUCACAAGUCGGAACACUGAUCCGUUCGUAUGGCACGAAAAUGCGAGCCUUGAUCAGCUGUGUACGUGUACGCGUCUACCAACUACUUAUGCUACUACCACCCAAAAGUUAUGAACAUAUGUUCCAUUCACUUUUGCGAGAGCUCGUCGCUGAAGUGACACUGUCGGAUGAUCAAGCCUCCCAAGUGAUGUCUUCGAUGGCUGGCGUUAUGUGUUCCGGCGCUGAGCAUACAUUGCUGGCUCCUUGGAGUAAUGGAGCUACUGAUCAAGCGCUAGUCGAAGACCAGUUGCAAACACUGUCGCAUUUGGGUAGCGGAGCCUUGGAGAAUGAUAUCACUUGCUUGGUCAGUGGAUCAGCUAAGGACGUGCACAAUCUCUGGCCAGAGCCUGACACCCCUCAAGUUGCAUGCUUGGAUGCUGCUAUUCAAGCUUUUGGAAGGGCCUUCCCAAUGAUACCUGAACGUCAGAAGCUUCAGAUAAUAGAGCAUUUUGCGGAAGUGAUAAAGAACUGUAAACAGGCUCAGCGGCAACAAGCGAUCCUGGUCAAUGUGCUGUGCGCCCUUGCUCUGGCAUUCCGAGGGGUGACCGAAUCAAGAGGUGGUGCCCGACUGGAGAGUGAACCACUGCGAAAAGCCAGUACGGCUCUUGUUGAAUCGGCCCUAGAGACAGGUGCAACUCCACUGGUACGAGCAGUGGCGGCUGAAGCUUUGGGUCGUCUCUCGCAAGCUGUUGGGGAUCCACAAUUCGUAGCUCUCCGAGCCCAGGCUUGUUUCGAUAAGCUGCGAGUAUUCCGCGACGGACGACGAGCAGGAUAUGCUCUAGCACUUGGAUGCAUACAUCGGCACGUGGGCAGUCUGGGCAGUGGACAACAUCUGCACACAGGUGUUUCCAUUCUUUUCGCCCUAGCACGGGAUCAUAAUGCGCCCUCUGUGCAGGCUUGGGCCAUGGUGGCACUUUCCCUAAUCGCAGAAACAGGCGGUGGCAUGUUUCGGGGUUACGUGGAGUUGGCGCUUAGUGACUGCCUUACGUUGUUGCUCAACACCCAAUCGGGCAAUGUUGAGGUGGUCCAAGGCAUCGGAAAAUUGCUGACAGCUUUGAUGACAUGCGUUGGUCCGGAGUUGGGAUCUUGUGGUACAAUAGAGGGUGUCCGUGCUUCGUUGUUGGCAGCGUGCGCAAUACAGCUUGCACAUCCUGAUCCUUUGAUCAAAUCAGAAGCCAUUGGUGGACUGCAGCAAAUGCAUCUGUACGCUCCUCGAUAUGUAAACUUGGGCCAUCUUGUCGUCGACAUAGCAACGUUCUUGACGAGUCAACAUCUUUGCUUACGUAAGGCGUCGGUUUGCUGUCUUCGUCAACUUGUACAACGUGAAGCAAGAGAGGUUCGAGAGCAUGCACAAGUGUUGGUACCUCAGGGGGUCGUCGAUGAGGGCAAGAAACUUCCACUUCCUGAUACUGGAUUAGAAGGAGCGCUUUUCGAUAUGCUUGACGUCGAGACAGACCCGACCUUGAGAGCGCAUGUGCAGGAAACUAUAAUAUCGUUGGUACAAGCGACAUGUAGUGAAUUGCUAAAUCAAUGGUUACUGUUGUGUAAGGACAUUCUGGCAACCUCUAGUGAUAACACGAGGAGUACAAUGGUCAUCGGUGAUGAGAAAACUGGAAAGGAAGGGGAUGAGGAUGAAGAGAGCAAUGACGACGACGAUGCAACGCUGCAAGUUGGUGGACCGCGGUCCGAUGUACCGGACAAGGGCAAAGUUCAGCCUCGUUGGCCUACGAGAGUGUUCGCCACACAGGUAUUUCCACGCUGUCUUAUCCAUUCAUGA